AUGAGCACCCAGUCGCUCCUCAGCCGCCUAGACGCCCUCUCAGAAGCCAACAAAUCGACCCUUCAGCUCAUCCAGCGCCUAUCCAAACUUACAUUCCAGCCCGGAUCCACUGCCCUUAACGGGGACGGCGACGACGUACGAGUCGAACUAAGCUCCGAGAUCCACGAGAGUCUACGGCAGCAGGAGCAGGAAUUUGAGCUCCUGAAGCAGGAGGCUGAGGACUUCACAUCUGUAGAACCGCUUGGCGGGAGGCACAGGAGAGACAGCGAGCGAGACAGAGAAAGAAGCAGAAUCAGCGUCCAAGUAGCGCGGUUGGGCGAAGACCUCAAAGCCGCACGAGAACACUUCCGCCGCGCCCAACUAACCGCCAAACGCUCCGCCGAAGCCGCCCAGCGCAAAGAGCGCGAACUCCUCUUCGCGAACCUCACCUCCGGUGCCGCCGAUACAGUCUCCACCUCCCGCCGCCGCGCCAACAACAAAGAAAACCUUACAGCCGAGCAACUCGAGCUCCAGGCCUCAAGCGACGUAACAGCCUCCCUGCGCCGCCUGCACAGCACGCUCCAGUCCGAGCUCACGCGCAGCCGCUUCGCGCACGAGACGUUGGAGCAAUCGAGCGCGGCACUCAAGGAGCUCAAGGAGCGGUAUAGCAGCCUCGACAACAUCUUAGCGACUAGCAGGAACCUGCUGGGGACGCUGCUGAAGAGCCAGAAGAGCGAUACGUGGUACCUUGAGACUGCGUUCUAUAUCCUGCUGACCACAAUCAUUUGGCUGGUGUAUCGCCGGUUUCUGUACGGGCCGCUGUGGUGGUUUGUUUGGUUGCCGAUCAAGCUCUCGUAUCGCUUUUUCUUCUUUGUGUUGGGCAGCAUCGGCUUGACUGGCCGAGCAACGUCUACAGCAGUUACACAGCCUAGUACCAGUCUCAGAAUUCAGCCGAGUGCUACAGGCCGUCCGCCAGUUUUCCAGCGCACGCAGGGUCAGGGGCCGUAUAUCCGCGCAGGAGGCGGCGGAUACGGGGCAAAGAUGGCUGAUCAGGGACGCCAGCAGCAGGGACAGCAGGAGGGUUCUGAGGGGAGCCUCUAUGAGCAGAUAGGGGAUAUGGCAGAGGCGAGUCAAGAGCAGCGGGAUCAGGCAGGAGACGCUACGCCAAAGGAUGACACGAGGGAAGCUAGCAGCGAGGAGAAAGUAACGGUCAGGGGCGAUGGAACGGUGCUGGAGAAGCGGGGGGACAGGCCAGCGAAUCCGAAGAAGAGGAUGUGGGAGGAUCCGCCGCAGAGGCUGGGCAAGAGGGAUGAGUUGUAG